AGAACAGCCUUUUUUCCAAGAAAAUUCGCAUAUAGACCCAUUUAGUCGAAUUCGAUAGGUCUCUAACCACUACCAUACAUAGCUUAAUGUAAUUCUUCUUAUUAACAAUAAUAGGGUAUUAUAGGGGUUCAAACAGUAUUGUAAAAAUAUUUAUACCUAAUCUAGCUAGUAACUAUUGGAAAUUACAUGUGUCAGUGUUGAAAAAUGGUUCGUUGCAAUAAUAUUGUGAUCAUCGAAAAGCAAAAUCUCUUAUGUCGGCAGGUACGGGACUGAGUCCAGUCCUUUAUUCCUUUGGAAGUGUUGGUUUCUGAGUGUGGAACCCUAAAAUAAACUUUCUCUGUAAUCUUAAAAAUUACCCACACAUUAAAAUAAUUAUUAAUAAUCGUCUAACAAAUUUAAAUACAUUAAGCUAAUAACUAAAAUUACCGGUGCAAGCUAGGAAGCAGGGCUAAUUUCGAAUUAAGCUCAUUGAUCGAUUUUGCGAACCCUUAUGAAAAGUUUAAUUUUACUUUUUAGAUUAAUUUUAAUUUUACGUACGCUAUCGAAUAAAAAGGUUUACCUAAUAAAAUGAGUCCAAGUCGAACUGAACUGACGAACAGGAAAGGCUGGGAUAUUUUUACGAAUCGGAGGCCAAGAUCCUUUUUGGGUUGGCUAAGUACCUAUGAACUUUUGUUCGCAUUUCCGAAAUUCGGUUUUGAAUCAUUUAGCGUUAGGACGUGGUUUGGACAGUUAGUUUUCAAUGAUGAUAAUUUAAUGACAGCUCCAAUGAUGACAUAUUAUGAAGUGACUUAUUCGUAUUCUCUAAAAAGAAAUUACCCCAACUCACCCAUACGUACAAUUAUUGACUAAUACCUAUUAGAUUACGUAUAUAAAUCAAAACGUUGGACUAGAUGUACCUAUAUAUCUACGCUUACUUCUAAGCGUCUUAAACAGUAACCAGUUUCUUAAACCUAACUGCUUAUUGAAAACUGUAAUACUAACCUGACCUAACUAACCUGAGUGAUAAAAUGACACUUUUUGUGGAGGGAAUGUUGAAUGAUAUCCGUUUUGUGUUCAAAUGUGCUGGUUUAUCUCUCGAAUGCCGAAAGGAAACUCGCAAACAGACUAUUAUACGUAGAUUCAUUUUCUUUAUCAAUUCCCUCAUGCUAAAUAGUGACAUCAUAAUAUCAGCUAGCUGGUUUUUCAUUGGAAUUAGAAGCGGCAUCAGUUUUACUGAAUUGACCUUUGUAUCCCCAUGUUUUACUUUCGGUACGAUUACAAGUAUAAAGGCAACGUAUCUCGUUUUUAAUGAAGAUUUAAUAAAUAAAAUUGUUGAAGAUAUGAAAGUCCUAGAAGUGAAAACACUUGACAAAACAAACAAUAUAAUAGAAAAGUUUGUUAAUAAGGAGGCUAAGUUUCUGAAAUACAUAAUCAAAAUAUUCUUUAGAAUGCAUGGUUUGAAUAUUGUAUUUUUUAUAGUGAGUCCUCUAGCUUUAAUAUUAAUGAAUUUUAUGAAAACUGGUGAAAUGGAGUUUAGGUUGCCUUUGUUAGAUUUCUAUACAUUUGUUCAGCCCACCACAAUAUGCUGGAUAAUGAAAUAUAUAAAGCAGAUAUAUUCUGGUUAG